AUGAAGUCCCUCUUCGCCGGAAAGGAAGGUGUGCGUAUUGCGCGACCGGCGAAGAGGGCCGAACUUCGGGUCCGAGACCUGGACGACGCGGUUACGGCGGAGAAUGUCGUCGCCGCAAUGGCGUCGUUUGGAGGGUACGGGCCCGGAGACGUGAGAACGGGAACGAUUUGCGCCGGGGCCAACGGGUUGGGCACAAUGUGGGUGCAGUGUCCAUUGGCCUCGGCGAAGAGGAUCCUGGACGGUGGCUGCCUCCGUGUAGGAUGGGCCGCUGUUCGGGUGGAAGCCCUCGCGUGGCGCCCGCUGCAAUGUUAUCGUUGCAUGCAGUGGGGUCACGUGAGGCCUAUCUGCACUUCGGGGACAGACCGCAGUCAGGUUUUAUGCCCCCCCUUCUUGGACCCGCGCCGAUUUUGGGGCACUGCUGGACCAGCUGGAGGCGCUCAUGAUGAGGCGUCUCCCUAA